AAAUUAGAACAGACAAUCCUAGUUAUCCAGCGAGGAUAUAUUUUUUAAGGUUAGGUAUCGCGACUAGUCCAUUUGGAGUCCUUCGUAAGUGAAUACUAUCCACAACAAAGACGACUCAAGAAUCUCCAGCAGUUGUGCAACAAAAUCGAUUAUUCCUCGCCGAUUGUUGUCUCUACGUCAAUUAAUGAUUAGAGUGUUACCACCUCAUACAAUACGAAAUAUCAACAAUGACAAGUUGAUUUUCCAAAAUGGAUCAAAAGGACUUGGAAAGAUGUCGUCAAGUGUCAGUGGUAUUGACCCCCCUUCAGAAUUCCGAGAUAAAAAAAUGGAAAAACCAAAGAAAAACGACUAAAAAGAGAAGAAAUCGUUGGCAAAAUGGCUCCCUCAGAAAGCCCACAAAGUCUCGGAGUCGAAAGUUAUCGGCACCGCCAUUUAAUGUUCAGCAAAAUGGAGCAAGAUUGAAGGAUUCUGGUGUACAGCCACCAGAGGACAACAUAUCAAAUGUCAUUCCCUCCAGCAGGAUUGAUGAGACAAAGGAAUUGGAUCUUGACCAGGAGAAUGACACCGCCUUUUGUCUCUGGAAGUACAAGAGAAAACGACGUAUGUCAUCAGACUCUAGUGGGGCGGAGCCAACUACCUCGAAAGUGACAAUAAAUUCCGCCGAUUCAGCCUUUUCAUCCAAGGAGCUGACAAUAAAUGUCUCGAGACUGAGGGCCCAAGCCCCAUCGCGAGGGGUUUUGUGUGACGAUGAGAGUGAAGUCGAUGCUGAUAGUUAUCACGAUGCAGCUAGCCUGAUAAUGGACAGCUGUGAGGACAGCUAUUCCAGAGCUCCUGGUGUGAAAUCUCAGGAGUUCGAUGACAAGGAUGAUGAUAAAGCUGACAGACUCAUCACUUCUACUCCACAGUUCGAUAAUUGCAACAGUGAUGGAGCACCGUCUGACGAUGACAAUGAGUCUGACAAUGACGAGGAGCUAAUGGAUCUCUGCCUCAUGCAGGAGCCAACAGUUGUUGUGACCAAACUGGAGGAUAUAAUCAUAGCACUGGACAACAAUAACUAUUUUCCAGAUCGUAAACACCUCACUCCCAAGCACCUGGAUAUCAUCAGGGGAUUUAAGACCCUGGAUGAGUCUGAGGACUCUUACUGUCUCGUUAUGUCAUCUGAUACUGAGGAAUUAGACUCGAACAGUACCAUUGAGUACGGCUACGCCGAUGAGGAUGACGAGAAGGAGGACGAUGACGAUGAUGAUUCAUUCAUCAAUACCGUCAUCGCCAGGAGAGUGAGAAAUAGGAGGAGAAUCUCGAGCAGCGGUAGCUCUUCCUUAGAGCAUAGUCCACAGACGACGUGCGACGAUGUGGUAGAGGAAAAUGGGAGAGAAACUCGUGGGAAUUCUCACAAUGUAGAAAUUCCCAGUACUCCCUCAAUGGGCUCGAAAGCAGCAUCAGUGGACGACGAGGACUCUAACCUACCAGAGACACUACUGACAAAUCCCUUGUCUUGUGAGGGGUGCAAGGAAACUUUUGACACAGUGGGUGGGGUGCUGAGCCACACAUGUGCUCCAGCAUUACCAAAGAAAGUGAAAUCCAAGAACCGAGGGAUGAAAAUAAAGAAGCACGCCAAGCUGGCGCCAAAGUCCACGAGCCUUGAGUGCACCUUGUGUUCUCAGACCUUUAAAGAUCCUGAGCUCCUUCAGAGGCACUUAUGGAGCCACACGCAGAGGGAGCACGAGGAGGCCUUCAAAGCUGCUAAACGACAAUCACGAGGGAAGGAAACCGAACAUAAUGCGGAGAUUGUGACCUCUGUGGACGCCGAUCCGGAAGGCAAAUCAGAGAGUGUUGAGUCAAAUCAACCAGGAAUUGCCAUCAUGAAUGAGAAGUCCUCGAAAGGAAAAAUCAACAAGACUGCAGUACCAGUUGUCAUAUGUCCUUGUCACGUGGACGAUUUAAAACCCACAGAUCUGACUGUGCAGAUUGAAAUGGUCCUCUUCUGUGAUAUCUGCAGGGUUUUAUUCAGAAGGAGCGAGUGCUUUGAGACGCACUACAGGUCGAAUGCCCUCUGUAACAAGGACAGAAGGAAGGGAAGAUCCCCCACCCUGUUUUGCAGCACCUGCAGAGUGAUUCUGAGCAAUCUCUCUGAUAUGAGAAAGCACUUGGAAAAACACGUCAGUAUAAAUCGUCAUGGUACCGUAACCUUUGUCUGCAAUAUUUGCAGAGUGGUGUUCUUUGGUGUGGGAACGGUUUUUUGCACCCACUGGUUCAAUCACGAGAAGGAUCCGAUGUUCGUGGCGAGUAGAUACUCAUUUCCAAAAUUAUGUGUCUCAAGCAGAGGGAAAAAUCCUAUCGGUAAACAGCCUGAUGAGCAGUAUUUCUUUGUCGCUGAGUAUGUCUGUAGAUCGUGUAAGCAGCAGUUUUCAUCAGACGGUGAUCUGUUGAAUCACAUGAGGGAGUGUAAGGGUAUGGAAUUGAAGCAAUCCAGUUUGGCCAAGGAACCGCCCAAAGAGAAACCGAAAAAUACCCCACCUCCACCAGCCCCAGAACCCCCAAAGAAGCCUAUCGAGAAGAUAAAAUUCAACGUGAUAACAAAAUCCCAAAUGACUUCAUCAACUCGAGGGUCUCCACAACGACGAACCGUCGCACGAUCCUCUCCCUCUCGAUCAGCCAUCAACAAACAUCCUCCACCUCGACCAGUCCCUCCAUCAACUGCAAACCCCCGCACAGCACCUCUACCUAUCGCACCUAAGCCCGCAGCUCUCACUCCUCAGCCUCAAUCAGCUUUAGUUCAGCGUCCCCAAGCUCAAAGGUGGGUGCAGAUUAGAACUAUCCAACGACUGGCCCCGAAGCCUCCUGAUUUCAAGGGCAUUUUACACUUUUACGUGAAAACUUGGAUAUGUGAUAUCUGUGGAGGUGUGUUUCGAACGAGACAGUCUCUCGUUGAGAAGCACGCCUUCAGCCACUUCGAUGCAACCAUAGCACUAGAGAAGUUCAACAAAACGGUGGACAGGUCCUAUGCCUGCACAAUUUGUCGAAAGGCAUAUGAAUCUCUGGAAGCUCUCAAUAAGCACUGGCUCAAUCAUGAGCUGGUGAAUUACUCCUGUGCAACCUGCAACAACACAUACCAUACAAUCAGUGGGUACAUAAGGCAUAUAGUAGCUGGCUGUAGAAACCAGAAUUCUACGUGUAGAGUAUCCUUUCGUACAAGUGCGCUUUGCAAAUUGUGCUGUCUUGGUUUUAAGAAUGACCAGGAUUUGGCAACGCACAAUGUCGAUUACCACGCUGUUGGAAGGAUAGUGGCGUCUCGAGGAGCCGAUCAGAUCCAGCCACCGUCCUCAUCGAAGAGCCUGAAUGGUGCACGUAAACUCUCACCGAUUGCUCCUAAGACUCCACAAUCAGCUGUGAUACUCUCAUCCACUGACAGUGAUCAAUCAUCAGGGCUUGUUGUCGGUGUUCAACCCCAGAAUAAUAAUGAUGAUGGGGUCAGUCAGGCGGUGAAUGGGUCUGUCGUUCUUAACAUUGCCAUUCCAAAUGUCGUUCAGAAUGAGCAAACGUCACCAUCGAAAGGCAAAGCUCCGGAGGAUCCAACGGUUCAGGUUGUUCUUCCUCAGGCUGAUGAAUCUGAAUCGAUCCCCUCGCCCGCUCUCGUCACUCAUAUGCCCUCGGUCAAGACCAUGGAGAUGAGCAGAGGGCUAAAUUCAUCGACCAUUGCACUCACUGUGAGGGAUACAACGGCAACAGGGGCUUCUGUCAUUGAGAGGAAUUCCCCAGUGGAGGAAGAGAGUAUUUCCAGUGGGGAGAUCUGUUCUCUUGUUCAAAAUCAAACACCCGAUUGUCCUAGCAGUGGUGAGGGUGAGAAAGCUUCAGAGGAUACUGAAGUUCCAAAAGCUACAGAUGGAAUGAGCAAUGGUGACGUUGAAGAUACGCCUGAAAAUGGCACUACGGAUAAUACUGAUGACGUUGAGAUCGUCGAGGUGAAGAAAUGCUCUAAGAAAUUAUCAAAUUCUCAGCCGUCUCUUCUGAAGGAUAAACAGCCGUCUCUUCUGAAGAAUAAACAGCCGUCUCUUCUGAAGGAUAAACAGCCGUCUCUUCUGAAGUUAGCUCUCACAACUACAGACAGUGACAUUGAGAUUCUCUCCGAGGCAUCAGCUCCUGAGGAGCCUGAGAAAUCAUCAGGUGACACGGGGACAGCUGAUAAAUCAGAAAAAACUCAGAAUCGUGAAGAAUCCUCGGAGAGUGGUGAAUCAGUGACAAUAGCUAAGAAACCCCUAGGAUUUUUACGUGUUAAGAAUCUCUCUGAACUUCAGGACGAGAAUAAAAAUCGUCAGGACUAUCGAGCUAGUGGUAAGACAGGUAACACAUUGACCGAACAUCUGAUGGCCAACUUGAAACAGGGAAAGAGUUCUACGAAGCACCAGAGCAUAGCCAAUGGAAUUAAUUCUGGUGGUGAUGAUGGUGGAGCAGGGAUGAGCUCUCCCCACGUACCAGGAAGGAGAUUUCUUCCAAAUAUACCCCAGAGAGUCCAGGGAAACGAAGCCAGAAGAGCAACACCAUUGUCCACAAGACAGGACUGUCGAUCCAGGGGCCCAGCCAAGCCAAUGAAUAGAGUCACACCAAUUCCAACCUCAAAUUCCGGCAUUGCUACCGCUCAUUACAAUAGACCAAUGAAUCCACCAUUGUAUGGAACCCUCAAUGUUGAUGGGAGACAACAAGGCUCAGUAAAUCAAGGAGGAAUGACACAAAACACAUACGUAUGUCCACUUUGUCCACAAAACUUUUAUAAAACAAUUUAUGAUUUUCUCACACAUUUAGCACAACAUCAAAAUUUACCACUCGACGUACAGGCUGUUGUGUACAGUUUGAUUAAUGAGAAAUUCUCAUAUCAUAUGCAGGGUCAGAGACAACUACAGGGUCAGAACAAGUACAAGUGCCUUGUGUGCUCGGCCUUUGAGACUGAUUCACCAGGAGAAUUCCAGAAGCAUUUUUCAACACAUUCACAGCAAAUGCUGAGCUCUACCAUUCAGAACUGUAAUAUUUCUUACAGUCAACAGUUGGGAACAGCUGUUAACUCUAUGUAUGAACAGUAUCAGUAUCAGGGUGAGAUGAUGCCUUUGACAACGGGGAUUAUACAGAGUGGACAGCUGUACAAGUGCAAUUAUUGUACGAAUUGUCAAUUCUCCAGUUAUGAGGGCCUUGCGGCACACGUACAGGCUGUGCAUGGAAAUAUUACCAAUGUUCCCAGUCGAUUGGUAUGCCCUAUCUGCCCUACUCUCAAUUUAUUCGACAGUGAGAUGAGACUCAGGGAGCAUCAGGAGGCUGAGCACAUGUUUCUGUGCCCCAUUUGCAUGCAGAUCUUUCACAGCUCUUAUGAGCUUUCUGCACACAGUAAUCUUCAUAAGAGUGACUAGAUUGGGAGUUUUAGUUGGUAAGAGCUUUCUUGUGGGGAGAAAUUCCUUAUACUUGAGCACAGCUGUGGUAUUUUCAUGACUGUAUUUUACUUUGUUCAUUGAUUUUUCUCUUAUUGAUUAAUUUUUUUUACCCAUAUUGAAGAUGUUUUAGGAGAAACUAGAACUAGUUUAGUGAAUAAUUAUUAUUUAUAGAGGCGAGUUGUAAGGUCAGGUAGAACUUUGAGGUCUGAGGUGAAUAAAGUGUAUCAACGAUGUUCAUAACUUUGUUCAUACGAUUUUAUGAAUAAGAAAAUUAGGAUGCGAGAAGAAAAUUAAAAAUGUUGAAUACGAGUCUCUGUUUAGUUAAGUCUUUCAUCUUCCAACUGAGGUAGCAUCAACUACAUUUAAAAGGUCUGUACAAUGUCAUAGAACCGUAUGUGUCUCCACAACACGUCUUCACAUAAUGUAAUUUGUUCUUUUUUAAUACCAAGAGAAAAUAAAGCGAGUUGAAUUAAA